UAGGCUAAGGCGAGGGGAAGCCUCUCCCACCCGGUGCAACAUCAGAGUGCCCGGCGCUCGCUCGCCAGCUGUUUGUAGGCCUGGGUGAGGGGCGGGGGUCCGCGGAGGGUAGAGCCGCUCGCGGCCCAGCCUGUCCCUCAGGCUAGGACCGGCCGCGGGGCGGGCGACUCUGGGGCGGCUGCCCGUGCUUCCGACUGACAAGCACUUCCCAUAGCCCGCGCUGCCCGCCACGUCCCUGGUCUCGGCCGACGGCGCUGCGCGGCGGGUGACCUCUCCGAGCCCCGCGCGAUGACGGCGCCCUGCUGCCGGCUGGCCCGGCUUCCUCCGCGCCGCCGGCUCCGGCUCGUGCCGUUCCCGCCGCCGCUGCUGUUGCUGCUGCUGGCGGCCGCGGGGCCGGCGCGCGGCUGGGAGAGCGGAGACCUGGAGUUGUUUGACUUGGUGGAGGAGGUGCAGCUCAACUUCUACCAGUUCCUCGGGGUGCAGCAGGAUGCUUCAUCUGCAGACAUUAGAAAAGCAUAUCGUAAGCUUUCACUAACUUUGCAUCCAGACAAGAAUAAAGAUGAAAAUGCAGAAACUCAGUUUAGACAAUUGGUGGCCAUUUAUGAAGUUUUAAAGGAUGAUGAACGAAGGCAGAGGUAUGAUGAUAUUCUGAUCAAUGGACUUCCAGAUUGGCGACAGCCUGUAUUCUACUACAGGCGGGUGAGAAAAAUGAGCAAUGCUGAGCUGGCAUUACUUUUGUUCAUUAUUCUCACAGUGGGUCAUUAUGCUGUGGUUUGGUCAAUCUACCUGGAAAAACAACUGGAUGAACUGCUUAGUAGAAAAAAGAGAGAAAAGAAAAAAAAGACAGGUGGCAAGACUGUGGAUGUAUCAAAACUUGGUGCUUCAGAAAAAAAUGAAAGAUUACUGGUGAAACCACAAUGGCAUGAUUUGCUCCCCUGCAAGCUGGGAAUUUGGUUUUGCCUUACACUAAAAGCAUUGCCUCAUCUAAUCCAGGAUGCUGGGCAGUUUUAUGCUAAAUAUAAAGAAACAAGAUUGAAGGAAAAGGAAGAUGCAUUGACUAGAGCUGAACUUGAAACACUUCAAAAGCAGAAGAAAGUUAAAGUAAAAAAACCAAAACCUGAAUUUCCUAUAUAUACGCCUUUAGAAAGUACAUAUAUUCAAUCUUAUGAUCAUGGAACUUCUAUAGAAGAAAUUGAGGAACAAAUGGAUGAUUGGCUGGAAAACAGGAACAGAACACAGAAAAAACAGGCACCUGAAUGGACAGAAGAGGACCUCAGCCAGCUGACAAGAAGUAUGGUUAAGUUCCCAGGAGGAACCCCAGGUCGAUGGGAAAAGAUUGCCCACGAAUUGGGUCGAUCGGUGACAGAUGUGACAACCAAAGCCAAGCAACUGAAGGAUGCAGUUACCUGCUCCCCAGGGAUGGUCAGACUCUCCAAACUCAGAUCCACAGCCCACAACUCCAGGCCCCCCAAGGCCGCCGCGACCUUGCCGGACGACAUCAUCACCCAGCGGGAGGAGGCCACGCAGGCCGGGGAGCAGGAGGAGGAGGAGGAGGAUGGCGAGGAGGAGGCCGAGCCGGAGGCCGCGGAGGAGAGCCGGCCUCGGAGGCGGAGGCCAGCCCGGCCGCCCGAGCCGGAGGAGAAGGGCCGGGGAAGGAGGCAGAAAGACUUCGACAUGUCGGAACAGCACGAGUCCAGCGACGACGAGAGCCAGAAGAGAGAGCGAGCGCGAGCCGCGGAGGAGCCCUGGACUCAGAACCAACAGAAGCUUCUGGAGUUAGCAUUACAGCAGUACCCAAAGGGAUCCUCUGACCGCUGGGACAAAAUCGCCAAGUGUGUCCCGUCCAAGAGUAAGGAAGACUGUAUCGCUAGAUACAAGCUGCUGGUUGAACUGGUCCAAAAGAAAAAACAAGCUAAAAGCUGAAUCCUCUGGAAGAUGAUGUUUACCUUAUUUUCCAAAAGGAUUAUUUUUAAAAUCUUAUGCAGAAAUUUGCAUUUUGUACCUCACUAUUUCUAUACGUCAUGUGCCUUAGUAAAAAAAAUUAAAAAUGUAAAAUAAAUGUUGUGCUACAUUGUUUAAACAAA